GUUCUUAAGCAAUUUUUGAAUCAUUGUUUGUAAUCAUCAUUCCUAGUAUAUCCGUGUCUCACAAAUCACCAUCCGUCCAAUCUCCUGCGAUCCUGUUGCCAAUAAAACGCUCUCAAAACCCGAUCAGGAGGAGCAGUUCAUGACCUCGGUGGAAGUGCGUGUCAAACUCCCCGACGAACUCAAACCGGCGCUGGUGGAUGAUUGGGACCUCAUCAACCGACAGCGCAAACUGCCUGUGGUCCCAGCGAAGGCCACUGUGGACACCAUCCUGGCCGACUACAUCAAGGCCAAGACCAGCACGAAGAGUAUCACACCGAAUAAGGAGAGUGCGGUCCAAGAGGUGGUCGCGGGAUUGAGAGAGUACUUCAACGUCAUGCUUGGCACUCAGCUGCUGUACAAGUUCGAGCGGCCGCACUACGCAGACAUCCUCCAGGAACACAAAGACAAACAAGCCAGCGACAUUUACGGCUUCAUUCACCUCAUUAGAUUGUUUGUUCGGUUGGGGCAGAUGUUGGCGUAUACUCAGCUGGACGAAAAAAGUAUUACUCUCCUUAAUUUCCAUUUGCAAGAUUUUUUGAGGUUUAUGGUAAAAAACAUGGAGACUUACUACAGUAUUCAGGACUACGGAGUCGCGCCCCCGGAGUACCAGCGAAAGGCCAUGUGAACCGAUGUCUGGCCUUGAACUGGCUCGGCACACGGAUAUGGAUAAUCUCAGUGAAAUUCAAGCGUGUGUGAAAAACGGAGGAGCCGUUUUGUAUUCGGUUCAACGGUGUUUAGAAGCGUUCCAAGAGAGGUGCGUGGGUGUGAAAUGAACUCGGAGAAGAGGAAUGAAAAACCAGUGCUUAGUUCAGUGAAAAUGAACUUGCUGGGUUAUUUCUCUGUACCAUGAUAUACUUAAGCAUUUUUUUUUUUUCUUUUUUCCAAUAUAAUAAACAUAACAGAGAUUCUUGUGAUGUUAUAGACCCCAUGCAAAAAAAAAGUAAACAAAAAAUUUGGUGUAGAUUCUAAAAAUGUAACCUCUUUAUGUUUAGAAUAUAAUAUUAACUCUGUUCUAGUAAUCAAGUACAAGAAUAAGGCUGCUAGAGAGGCAAUUUAUUGUGCUUAAAGCAGUAAGCACUUCUACAGUACCUGGAGGUCUGAAAGGAGAUACUGUUGGUAAUAAUGAAGUUUUAUAAUUUAGUCUGCUGUAUGCAUUGUUCCACAAAAUGUGAAUUAUACAUUCCAGUCAUGUUGAAAUGUUACCCAUGGAAAGGUAUAUUUCAUAUCAUAUAAUACAAAGUAUUUUACAGGUUUGUGGUACUUUCAGUGCAGAUAAUCAAAACAAAGAAAUACCAGCUCUUGGUUGUCAGAUCCAGAUAUGGGCAUAAUAAAGAUCUUUUAUUUUGUUUUAUGUUUCAGAUUCCAAAGUAUGGGAUAGAAUCUUAAAAAAAUCUUGUGUAAAGAUGUUUCCAAUAUGUAAUUGGAAUAGAGAAUGUUAAGUAUUACCGUACGUCUUACUUGCUACAUACACAGAAAAUUCAUUGGUAAGAUAUCCAGUGACUUUAUAUAUUUUGCUUGUGGAACCCUUCAUUUUAAAUAUCCUUAACAUUCCCAUUCUGUUUAAAGUAAAUAGUGUUUUAUUUUAUUUUUUUUUUUAUGAUUAUUAUUAUUUUUUUUUUUCCUGCAAAGAAUGUGUCACACCUGUUCAAAAAUUUGUAAUGAUCAGUGCUUCUCUUAUUUAUGCCUUGUUUGAGCACUUGGUUUUGAAAUCAUAUUUUACGGUUGUACAUAUCUGUACAGCUGACAUUGUACAAAAUGGUGUACACAUGCAUUUUGACAGGAUGAAUCAGAACUGUUGUAAAUUAUUGUGUGUAGCAGCUAGGGUUUUCCUACUGGAUGUGAAUACUACUUUCAUAGUAGUAUUGUGAUGGAUGUGAAUUUUUAAGGCCUUUUUCAAUAAAAUGUAGAUUUGCA